GAGAACUUUAUAUAAAAGUGUCGCCCCCAAUCGAGGCUGGAAUCAGUUGGGUCUAAAUUCGGGCCGAUCGAGAGUUCAGCAUGCAGUGUGUUCUACCCAUUAUCCUGUGCCUGUGGGCCUUCAGUCCCGCCGAGAUCGAAGCGCGUCAGAUCAGGAUUAAUCGCUAUGCACUCAGUGUGCAGGAGGAUCAGGCGGUGGAGGUCAAGGCAGCUCCCUAUCCGGCGGCGGGCUACAGGCCACAAGGUCGCUCCUUCUGGCUACCAGGCGAAGUGGAAGUCGAGGUCCAGGAGGUGCCCAUUGAAGGAUCUGGUUUGGAGGCCGAUCAGCUGGCCUCCACAACCGAGCUGCCUCUGGAGGAGCUACCGACCAGCACUACGGAUUCACCUGCGGACUGGAGCACCACCCCCAACUGGGAUGUCGUGGACACCACCACCUCGGUUCCUCUGGCAGUGAACUCCCGUGCAAGUCGUGCCUUUGAGAAGGCUCCCUACCCGCCAGCCGGGUACCGACCAAGUCGCGCCUUCCGUUUGCCCACCGAGCAGAACCUGGAGGAGCAGCAGCAGAUCCUGGCCAGCAAUGCGACCGAUAGCAAUGCCGAUCAUCCGGUCUGUGGGGUCAGCACGGAUCCCCUGAAGCCCACGCCGCAACCAGGAUCCAAGGAUGAGCCCGAUGCGGAGAAUGUCGUCUUCACCGCCAACGUGGGACCCGCCGUUUUCGUGGCCCGAUCGCCGUCCUCCAUUCCGGUGGCCAUUCCCCUGCGAUCGCAGCCUCUGGUGCAGGCUCCGAGAUCCCGGGGAUUCGCGUACUCAACGCAUGUGGAGCAGAGGUGGUGAGGAGAACUUCUUGUUAACAGUUCAGUAUUUUUAGUUACUUUGGAAUGUAAACCAAUAAAUGUUUGUAAUUGUUAUUUA